AUGAACCCGGGCAGCUUCCCCUACCUGCAGGCCAUGGGCAGCCCGCCCGGCUCCCCCGCCGCCGCCGCCGCGCCGGAGCCCGGGAGCCCGGAGCGGGAGCCGCCGCCGCCGCCCGCCCCGGAGGAGCCGGCGGGCAGCGGCGGGCGGCGGCGCAAGCGGCCGGUGCCGCGGGGGAAGCCGCCCUACAGCUACAUCGCCCUGAUCGCCAUGGCCAUCGCCCACGCGGCCGAGCGGCGCCUGACGCUGGGCGGCAUCUACCGCUUCAUCACCGAGCGCUUCCCCUUCUACCGCGACAACCCCAAGAAGUGGCAGAACAGCAUCCGCCACAACCUGACGCUGAACGACUGCUUCGUCAAGGUGCCGCGGGAGCCGGGCCACCCGGGCAAGGGCAGCUACUGGGCGCUGGACCCGGCGGCCGAGGACAUGUUCGACAACGGCAGCUUCCUCCGCCGCAGGAAGCGCUUCAAGCGCGCCGACCUGGCCACCUACCCGGCCUACGCCGCCUUCGGCCCCGCCGCGCCCUACGCGCCCGCCGGCUACAGCCCGCCGCUGCCCGCGGCCGCCCCCUACCCGCGGGGCUUCACCAUCGACAGCCUCAUGGGCGGCGCCGCCGAGCUCCUGGGCCCCGCCGAGCUGGGCGAGCCCGCCUGCUUCCCGAUCCCGCCCGCCAGCCCGCUGGGCCGGGCCUACCCUACUCCGCCUCGCCGCCGCCGCCGCCGCCCCACCUGCCCGGGCCCCCCAGCGGCUACUCCCCGCCCGGCGGCGCCCCGCUCUACGGCGCCGCCGGCCGCCUGGGCCUGCCGCCCGUGCGCCCCGCCGCCGCCGCCGCCUCCUGCGCCGAGCACCCCGAGCCGCUCCUGGCGCUGGCCGGGCCGCAGUUCGGCCCCAGUCCCGUCUACAUGCGGCAGCCCGGCUUCGCUUCGGGACUCGAGCGGUACAUGUGACUGCACUGGCUGCACUGGAAGUAGGAGCAGGCCCCCCGCGUACAACCCUUUUCCAUGUUGAUGGGGGACACACUGUACUUGAAUGCAUCUUUGUUUUUACUGUACAUAUGUAGAUUAUUUCAUCCUAACCCUGUAAGGCGCCGCAUAAUGCGUUGUGCUGCAUGGCGCUGAGUGUGAAACACAUUGUCUGUUGCAUUGCACAUGUGCUGUCAAACACGUCGUGUAUUGCAUAUGCAUCGUACUGUCUCCUGUGCGCAUUGAUUGCCCGACCCACUUCAGUGCACACUACCAUGUGGUAUGCCCGAUUCAUUGCAUAUGCCUUUUAUAAUACAUGGGAGUGCAUUGUUGUAUGAAUUAUGAUUCACGGGAUAAUGCAUUUAGUAGUGCACUGUGUAAACCAUUGUGUAAGGUGCUGUUACCUUGUAGAUUUGUAAACAUUCCAGGAUGUCCCGUUUUUUUUUCCUCUUGUUGGGUUCAUAACCUAUAACCGGACAGAUAGUUAGCAAAACUACUAGGUAUGGGAUUUUUUAUUAGUAUUUAAGACUUUACCCUUUUUCUUCCCCUGAAGGAAAAAAC